AAACGCAGAGACCAUGAACUUCUUACAGUAACUUAUAUCUUCCCAGCAAGGAGGAACUUCCAAUUUACAGUUCAUGAACUUGCUUCCAGUUAUCAAAUAGGCCCUAAGGGCGUGUUUGAUAACAAGAAGUUGCUUCCCAGAAGUUAGAACUUACCUAUUACUGUUCAUCUUAUGUGUUUGAUAGAAAACAGUAAGAUAAGUAAAAGAACUUCCACUUACUGUUCAUGUUCCCAACUUUGUAUGUAAAAAAAGUUCCGUCAAAAAGGUCAGAACUUCAAAAUGGAAGUUUAUAUCUAAACUUCCCCCCGAUAAAAAAAAGUGUGCCCUAAAAACUUCUCUUUGCACCGCCGCAAAGCCAGACCCCUCUCUUUGCACUCAGCUGUUCAGCCAGACCCCUCUCUUCGCACUCAAUCGCUCAGCCUGAGCCAUCUCUUCAUUGUCCAAGAAGGCGGAGGAGCAAGCAAAGAGCUCUGAUCCUGUGUUCAUCUUUCUUGAGGUUGUUAGAACUUACUUAAUAUUCCAGGAGGUUAUCAAACACAGAAACCAGGAACUUCUUUAACUUUCCAGGAGGUUAUCAAACACAGAAACCACGAACUUCUAUCAACUUCCAAUUUACAGCUCAUGAACUUACUUCUAGUUAUCAAACAGGCCCUAAGUGUUGGGGGUUAGUCAGGCGGAAGGGCGGCGGACGUGCCUGUAAAUUGUGAACUUGGGGGUAAUCUCUAAUUUUCCUAGAACAAGAGCACAACUUUUGAAAACCCCGGACCUCGAAACCUUACUGCAACUCACCUAUGGCCCGUCCCCCAAAGGAGAGGAAGAAGAAGCGGAAGGUGCAAAGCAAGUCCACUGCAAAAGUGAAGCCUCGGAAUGUGGAUCAUGUCACUGGUGAUAAUAUCCCAAAGAGCUUCAUUUUUUCAAGGGGCAAACUUCCAUCUUCACUAAGAGGCUUGCAAAUGGAUCUUCGAAAGCUUAUGCUUCCUCACACUGCUCUCAAAUUGAGGGAGAAGAAGAGAAACAACCUUAAGGACUUCUUGAAUCUUGCAGGGCCAAUGGGUGUCACACAUUUUCUAAUUUUAUCAAAAACAGAUAGUUCUCCCUAUUUGAGAGUGGCCAGAACACCUCAAGGCCCAACCCUCUCUUUCAAAAUACACGAGUACUCACUAGCCGUCGAUGUUGCUCAUUCUCAGGCUAGACCAAGAUGCCCACCAGAAGUGUUCAAAACCUCACCUCUGAUCGUUCUUUCUGGUUUUGGAACUGGAGAACAACAUCUCAAGCUCGUUACAAUUAUGUUUCAGAACAUAUUCCCAUCAAUUGAUGUGAACACAGUGAAGCUCUCUUCAUGUCAGAGGAUUGUAUUGCUUAAUUAUGACAAAGAAACAAAGCUUAUUGAUUUUCGACAUUAUACAAUUAUGUUGCAGCCUGUUGGAGUCUCACGGAGAAUCCGAAAGUUUGUACAGAACCAUGAAGUACCAGAUUUAAGAAAUCUUCGAGAUGUUGGUGACUUUUUUGCAAAGGCUGGCUAUGGGUCUGAAAGUGAAGCAGAUGAUGAAGCUGCCACAGUCAGCUUGCCAAAUGAUCUUGGUAGAGUAAACCGUGCAUCUACAAGAAGUGCAGUGAAACUUCAAGAGAUAGGACCCAGGAUGACUCUCCAACUAGUCAAAAUUGAAGAAGGAUUAUGCUCUGGAGGCAUUAUAUUCAAUGAAUACAGAGUUGAAGCGAAUGGGGACACAACCUAAGGAUAUUUAUGUCAUGGUAGGGGAUUUUUCUCGCCGAGUCAGGAUUUCUCAUUCUUCGUCUCUUUGUUUUUUCCCUUUAAAAACAUGAUUGCCAAGUUGUUCCGUCUGCCGUUACAGUUCCUAUUUAAUCUUUCUUUUAACUAAUACAUAUGCUGAUGAACUCAA